GCAAGAAACUGUUCGGUUUUUCUGAAAUGUAAAUAAACUUCUAUUGAAUCUCGGGGGAUUGGAAAAUGGUGGAGAGUGUAGUAGACGUGUGCAGAAUGGUCUGUGAAGUUUGAUAAUAAAGUAGUGAGAAAAUUGCGGUGCAAGAGCAAAGUCGGUGCAAAGUGAUAGAGGGAAUUCCGGUGAAUCACAGUGAUAUAUAAUCAGAAGUGCAGGUUUUGAGAAUAAAGUGUGAAGGACAUGAUAAAAUCAAGCAUUGAGUUAUUGGAGGUUAGGUUCAGUUGGAAAUGAAAUAAGCAGGAUAUGCCGAAGAGUAGUAGCGACGCCACGCGUGAAGAAGAGAAAGUAACGGACGAAAGGGAACCUGACUUAACGACAGAAAAUUCGAAAACAAGCGGUAAUACACAAAACGUGAAAACAGCUCCCGAGAGACGUGGAAGAGGGAGACCAAAAAAAUUGACGGAACCUGAAACGAGUAACAGAUCACAGAGUUUAGAUACAUACGUGAAGAGAGCGAGAAGGGGAAGUCAAACAGAGGAGUCUGCAGGAAAGGACAAAAAUCAGCAACCGGAACCAGAAGAGAAAUUGUUAAGCACACUCCAGAAAAAUACCCUUUUAAAACAACGUGACAAUCAAGAGCAGCGAGAGAUGGAAGAGACGGAAGAGACCAGAAAAAAGACUGAUCGAGAGCUCUUACUGCUAAUAAUGUCAGACUUGAAGGAAAUAAGAGCAGAAAAGGAAAGAUCGAGGGAGGAGAACCAAAAAGAAUUACAAACAGUGAAGAAUGAGUUGCAGCGCAAAUAUGAAGAAUGGGAGAAGGAAAAAACAAACAUCUACAAGAAAAUUCAAGUUUUGGAGCUGAAAAUAGAAAACGAGGAGUGGGUCUCCAAGAAAGAAGAUAUAGAUGAAAAAAUGAAGCAAAUUCAAACAGAUCUAAAGAAGAAAGCAGAGUCAGGACAGAAAAGAGUUCAAAAUGAAAACUUUGAGGCACAACAAAUGAGUGAACUGGAGAAAAAAUUGGAGAAGUGGGAAAAGAGAGAAAGAAAGAAUAAUAUUGUUGUGAGAGGACUACAGAGAGAAAACUCAGCGAUAGAAAGAGCACGACUUUUUCUAGAGGAAAACAUCAAAGUAGACGGACGAAUCAAAGAGGCGUACGAGAUUGGAAGGGAAGAAAAUAACAAGGUCUUAGUGAUAAAGUUGGAAACAUGGGAAAUGAAAAGGAAGAUCUUAGAAAGAAAACCUAAUCUUAAAGGAACGAGCAUCUUCGUAGACGACGAUCUGACGAAAUCCGAAAGAGAGGUCCAAAGGAAAAUAAGAGAAGUGGCUAGGAGGGAGAGAGAAAACGGAAAAGAAGUGAAGGUGGGAUACAGAAAAAUCAAAAUCAAUGACAAAUGGAUUCACUGGAACGAAGAAGAAGGUAAAUUGACAGAAAAAUAUUUUUUAUGAAACAGAUAAAAUUUCGAAUAUUAUUGUAGAAUAU